AUGGAGCUGUGUUUAGACACUGUAUGUGUUGGUCUCUCUUUAUACGGCACCGCAAAGGAAUCAUUAUACAAACAUCCCCAUUAUACUCGCUUCAAUAUAACACGUAUCCGUGUUGCGCCCAUCGGCCCCUCCUCGUCUGCAAAGACCUGCUGGGCCGCCCAGGGUCGCCUGCCGUAUCUUUUAUCACCCCGGGGCAAAUCUCACUAUGAGAUUGUUGCGCUCCUUAACUCGAGCAUUGUGUCGGCAGAAGCAGCAAGAAACCACUUUUCACUUCCCUCGGAUGUGAGGACUUAUGGCGACCCAAAUGACUUGGCCUUAGAUCCGGACGUCAAUUUUAUCAUCUGUUGCACCCGAGUUGGUACUCAUAGCUUGACGACGGGGCCGUCUUUGCGAGCUGGAAAAGCUGUCUUUAUAGAGUGGCCCCUUGUAGAGAAUUACGAGGAGGCCGUUGCUUUGACUGCUAACAAACGUCUAGACAAUAGCAUCAUUAGGCUUCAGGGGCGUGUCUCGCCUAUAGUCCUCAAACCGAAAGACAUUCUCAAGUCAGGUCGAAUAGGCCGAAUAUUGAGUAGAGAUAUUCAUGCCUACGGUAAUCUCUUACCUAGGGACUCGCUACCAGAGGGUCUUUCAUAUUUGCAUAUCGAAAGAUUGGAGGCAAUCCCAUCACCAUUGCUUACGGGCACACUAUCGACUACGUGCACGAAUUUCUCGGGGAGUUUAUUUUGUUCAAAAGUCGGAUGCAGAUACAGACCAGUCCUCGCGGUUCUGGGUAAGGACGGGACUCGAAUCAAGGACAUAGAAAGCGACGUACCUGAUUUUCUGGCUGUUUAUGGGAAGCUGGCUAAAGGGAAGGCGGAUAUCGCGGAGGAUGCCACAUUAUCUGUUACAGAGCCGAUCAAGAUCAAGAUCCACGAUCAUGCUUCGGACGAGGUGAUUGAUGUAGAGUGGGACUGGGGAGGCUGGCAAAACGAACUCCCGUAUCGUUCUAGGAUCGUAGCGGAAUUGUAUGAGAGGUAUGCGCAUUGGUAG